AAACAGAGCGAGCUUCUGAGGAAGAGCGAAUUGAUGACUUUGUAUCUAUGGAGAGGCUGUUUAAUGAGUUGCCAUAUGAUAACCGGAUGUCAGUUGAAGAAUAUUUAUCUUGUGAUAACAAUAUUCCUGCGGAGGAGUUGAUUACGGAUGAGGAGAUAAUUGAGGUAGUUCUUGAGGAAGAUGGUGCACAGGUUGAGGGUAAUACAAAUGAAGAAGUGGAAAUAAGACCAACCAUCUCUCUCCACCAGGCAGUUACUGGUUUGAAAACGCUAACGCAAUUUUUACAAUAUUCAACCGAGCUAGAGAUUCUACCAGAAGACAUUGUCGCACUUUAUAGAGUACAGAGAUUAAUGGAAUUAAAGUACACGGAGAGUCUUAAACAAAAGACUUUAGAUAGUUAUGUUAAUAUGGGCUAA